AUGAAUAAGAUUUCAUUUGAAAUGGUUGAUUUAAGAGAAUCAUACGACUAUGAAUUAUUGAAAAGGUUUUAUAAUGAAUUAAUGAUUCCAAAUUUUCCAGAUGAAAAUGAAUUAGAACCUUUAGAAAGUUGGGUUGAAAUGUUUGGAAAUUUAAAUGAAAAUAAUAAUAAUAAUAAUAAUAACAAUUUAAACUUUUUUAACAAUGACAAUAACCAAGAAACUAUUAAUAUAAAUUUUGAAAAUAAUUUAUUUUUUGGAUCAAAUGGUGCUGAUGGUGCUGAUAUAAUUGAAUAUCAAGAAGAAGAAGAACAACAACAACAACAAAAACAAAAACAACAACAACAACAACAACAACAACAACAACUCGAUAAAAAAAAUAAUGAAGAUGAUGAAGAAAAUAUUGAAUUUCAUAUAGUUUUAUCAAUUUGUUCAGAAAAAGAUAGAAUUGAAGGACAAUCUAAUAUAUUGGGUGGUAUUGUAUUUGAAUAUUAUCCAUCAAUAAAUUGUGGUUGUAUAACUUAUAUAUUGGUUAAUGAUAAUUAUCGUGGACUUGGGAUAGCGAGUAAAUUAUUAAAAGAAUCAAAUAAUAGAUUCAACGAUAUCGCUAAUCGAUUUGGACAUCUUUCUGGAUGUAAUGCAAUAUUCUUAGAGACAAAUUCCGCAGAGAGGGUCAAACCAGAGAAUGACGUAAUGGAUCCAUCUAAACGUCAUUCAAUAUUCCAUAAAAUGGGUAUCAGGUUACUAGAUUUCGAUUACAUUCAACCACCAUUAUCAAAUGAUAGUAAUAAAUGUAAAGAUUUAUUAUUACUAUGUUUAUUAACUCAAAAUAUACCAAAACAACAAAAAUUGAAAAUAAAUAAUAAUAAUAAUAAUAAUAAUAAUUCAAUUGAUAGAUAUUAUUAUUUACCAAGUUUAUUAUUGGAGAGUUUUAUUAAAGUGUUUUGGAAAUCAUGUUAUUCUAGAAUCACCCCUAAAAUCAAUUGGAAAAAAGAUGUUGAUUAUCAAAGAAUGGUAGAUCAAUUAAAGAGAAGAGAAAUAAUACCGUUAUUAGAUUUACCUUGGAAUAGACCUUGGACAUUGGUUGACUUAAGAGAUAGUUUCAAUUCAAAUAGAUCAUUAAUCACUAAAUUUUAUAAUCAAAUUUUAGUACCAAAUUUUAAAGGUCAUCAUGAAUUAGAAUCACUUGAAUCUUGGUUUAAAAUGUUACCAUUAAUAGAUAAUAAUAGCAAUACCAAUAAUAGCAAUUCUAAUGCUAAUAAUUAUAAUAAUGAUUUCUUUCAUUUAUUAGUUGCAUUAAGAUAUCUAAAUGAUGAUAUUGAUCAUAAUCAAGAACCAAUCAUUUGUGGUGGUAUUGCAUUUGAAUAUCAUCCAAAAUCAAAUUGUGCAUUAAUUACUUACUUUUUAAUUGGUGGUGGUGAAAAUAAUCGUUCUGAAAUGAUGGCAAAAGCAUUACUUCAAAGAUCACUUGAAAUCAUUGAACAAAAUGCAAUCGAUUGUGGUAAUUUAGCUGGUUGUAAUGCAAUAUUUAUUGAAAAUAAUAAAAAUAAUCAUAAUAAUCAAAAUAAUCAAAAUAAUAAUAAUAAUACAAAAGAAUAUUUAAAUCAAGAUGAAAUCAUUGAAAUAUCAUAUAAUUCAGAAUUUUUAGAGAAAUUAGGUUUUAUGAAAUUAGAUUUUAAUUAUGUUCAACCACCAUUAUCAUUUGAAAAAAGUUCAAGUAAUUCUUUAAAUUUAUUAGUUUUAUUAACUUCGAGAAUACCACAAACUAUUGAUUUAAAUUUAAUUGAAAAUGAAAAUGAAAAUAAUAAUAUUAAUAUUAAUAAUAAUAAUUAUUUACCAAAUUCAUUAAUUAUUAAAUUUAUUCAAACAUUUUGGGAAAAUACAAUUAAAAGAAAUGAAAUUAUAAAUUUAAAUUUAUAUGAAAAUGAUUUAAAUUUUAAUAUUAUGAUGGAUAGUUUAAAAAGGAAAUCUAAAAUCCAAUUAUUAAAAUCAUCAUUAAAUUCAAGUUGGGAUAAUAAUUUCACAUUAAUUGAUUUAGCAGUUGAUUUCCAUCAAGAUUUAUUCGACCAAUUUUAUAAUUCAUUACCAUUUAAUAAUGAAAAUCAAAAUCAAAAUAAUAAUAAUUAUUUAAAUAUUGAACCUAAAUCAAUAUUACAAAAAUCCUUAUUAAAGAAAUCAAAUUUUCAAGAAGAUAUUCAUAUUUUAUUAUUAGUUUCAUAUGAUAAUAAUAAUAAUAAUAAUAAUAAUAAUAAUAAUAAUAAUAAUAAUAAUAAUAAUAAUAAUAAUAAUAUUUGCCCAACUAUAUAUGGUUCAAUUAUUUUCUCAUAUUUUCCAAUAAGUAAUUGUGGUUUAAUUUCAAAUAUUUUCAUUAAAAGACCACCACCAAGUGAAAAUAUUAAUAAUAAUAAUGAGCAUUUUACAAGUUUAUAUGGUUAUUCAAUUAAAAAUAAAAAUUAUGAUAUUGGUAUUGAAUUAUUAAAUGAUUCUAUUGGUAUUAUAAAUAGAAUAUCAACUUCAAAAACUCAUAUAUCCGGUCCGAAUGCUAUAUUUUUAGAAUGUUCAACAAUUACAAAUAACUAUAGUAGUAGUAAUAAUAGUAAUAAUAGUAAUAAUGAUGAUAAUAGUAUAGUUAAUAAUAUAAAGAAAUUUAAUGAAAAUGAAAAUGAAGGUAAUUUCAUUCAAAUUCCAUUUAGUAAUGAAAUUAAAAAUCAAGGUUGGUUAAUAUUAGAUUUAAAAUAUUAUCAACCACCUAGAAACUCAUUAAAAUAUAUUCAAAGUAAUGAAAAUUUGGAAAUAUUAGAACAACCACCUUCAUUAUUAUGCGUUUUAAAUUGUUUACAAUUUCCUCACGAUAUUUCAUUACCAUCACCAUCAUUAUAUAUCCCAAAAGAUUUAUUUAAAAAAUUCUUAGCUUCAUAUUGGACUUCAAUUUUCUCAAGAAAUCAAAUUUCAAUUCAACAAUAUUCAACAAAUAAAAAAAAUAAUACAAAUAUUAAAUUAAAUCAACAAUUUAAUGAAAAAGAUAAAAUUUUAUUAUUAAAUUAA